UUGAAGCCCAGCCGGAGGGAGGAUAGAGGAGAGGUCGUGAGGGUCGGCGGCGGCGCGGCGAGGAUGAAGGGCGUGAGGGCGGCGGCGUGGGCGGUGGUGGUGAUUGCCGCCCUGACCUGCCAUCGCGUGUCAGCAACCUGGUGGCUCCUGGGUCUCAACAGCGCCCAGAUGCAGAGUUCGGCCGAGCUGGAGCCGCAUCGGUACCGGGAGGAGUGCAACAAUCUAACCUACCUCGUCGCCAAGCAGAAACAACUGUGUCGCCUCUCCCAGAAUGUGCUCAAGACCGUGAGCCAGGGCGCCAGGAUGGGCAUCAGCCAGUGUCAGCAUCAGUUCAGUAUGCAUCGCUGGAACUGCUCGACCUUCAGCGACUCCCCCUACGUCUUCGGCCACCUCCUCCGUAUCAAGAGCCGGGAGAAGGCAUACGUGUACGCCAUCUCCGCGGCGGGGGUGGCGUACAGCGUGACCAGGGCGUGCAGCCGCGGUGAGCUGACGGAGUGCGGCUGUGACGAAAGGAUCAGACAGCGGCCCACGCGAGGCAGGUGGGUCUGGGGCGGCUGCUCGGAGGACCUGCGCUUCGGGGAGUACUUCAGCAAGGAGUUCGUGGACGCGAGGGAGGCGAGGAACACGGCGGACGGGCUCAUGAACCUACACAACAACGAAGCUGGACGCAGGGCUAUCAGGUCAGAGAUGGAACUCGUAUGUAAAUGUCACGGCGUCUCUGGGUCUUGCUCAAUGCGGGUCUGCUGGCGUCGGAUGGGACCCUUCACCAACAUCGGCGACUCCCUUCUGCAGCGCUUCGAGGGUGCUUCCAUCGUCAGGUUCGUGAAGAAGAGGAAGAGAAAGAAACUCCGGCCACUCAAGAGAGGUUUCAAGCGACCAACCCGCCGGGACCUGGUGUACCUGGAGGAGUCGCCGGAUUACUGCACCAGGGACGAGGAACUCGGGGUGCUGGGAACGUCUGGUCGUCUGUGCAACAAGACCAGCUGGGGCAUGGACGGCUGCCGGCUGCUGUGCUGCGGCCGCGGGUACCAGACCAAGGUGCGCGAGGUGACGGAGAAGUGCAAUUGUAGGUUCGUCUGGUGUUGCAAAGUCCACUGCGACAAGUGUCAGGUGUCGCGGGAAGAGCAUUACUGCAACUGAGUGUUCGGUGGCGUGGCGUGGGGGCGUGUUGUGGCGUGGUCAGGUCAGGCAGAGGUCGGGGUGGAGGGCAGGGCAGGAGGGGAGACAGGGUCGUAAGUGUAGGCGCAUCUGAUGUUACAAACUCCACAGCGACGAGUGUCAGGUAUCCCGCGAAGAGCAUUACUGUAAGUGAGUGUUCGGUGGCGUGUUGUGGCGUGGUCAGGUCAGGCAGAGGUCGGGGUGUGGAGGGCAGGGCGGGAAGGAUGACAGGAUCGUAAGUGUAGCCCCGUCAGAUGUUGCAAAGACUACCGCGAAGAGUGUCAGAUGUCGCGUCGAGAGGAUUGCCGUAGAGAAGUGUGAUGGUCUCGUGUUGCUGGGUCAGGUUAGGUCACGGAUAGCAGAAAGUCCAGGGCAGUAAAGGUAACGGUUUGGCUGGGUUAAGCUUCUUAGGUCAGGACCCGUCUCCCCCUCCCCCGUAGCGAGUUUGCAAAUAUAUAUUCUUCGGUAUCUUGGUGAUUAUCUAGGAAGCCGCUCAGAGAGGAGAGUGUUCUUGCCUGAUAUUCCUUAGGGUCACUAAAAGACAGGUGGAUAAAAGUAUUAUGUAACCUCCUCACUGGUCUUUUCUCCCCUGAACUCCCUUUACCUUUAUAAUGAAGUACUUCCGAUGGUUUUUACGGUAAUUAUCGUCUUCAGAACAUAAAACUACAUCGGAAAAAAUGGUUUGACGAGACUCCAUUACUGGUUGAAAAUACCAAAUACCUAAACCGUUUUGUCUCGGUCCGCUUAGCAUGGAAAGGGCACGUGUAUGGAGGCUUGCUCGUUGGAUACCCGGAGUUGGCAUCGUAGGGUGGGUGAAGUGACGCCCCCUCCUCCCCAGGCAUAUGUCCCUAUUGAUUGAUUGAUUUGUCUCAGGAAGAACACAUUAUGAGUUUGUAGUGCCGUUCUUGGGGGCCUGAAUUGUGCGGGUUCUCUGAGAGCUGGCGUAGUGCACGAGGCUACAGAGGGAUGCAAGGAGUGAAUGUGUUGGGUCCAGGCUUGGCGUCCCUGGCUCUGGAACACUCCACUGGCUGUUGUCCUCAUAAGGUAUGGGACGCGGGAAGUGUAAAGACAACAAGAACUUAUUUGUCAGUAUCUUGAAGCAAUAGUUUUUUUCUUAGUUGAACACUUGCAGGUAAUGUUGCUUGGCUCUGUACUCUCAUUAUCGUAGGAGGUAAGCUCUUCCCCUCCCCCUCCCCCUCGAAGUGUGUCCCAUUCACCUGUCCACAAGCAAGCCGCGCACCCUCCACCUCGGGCUGCGUGGGACUGGCGAGUGUUGCGAAGGUUAACUCCCAUUGAUGGACACCCCGAAGGUUAAACUGUAUCGGUGUUACUGGACUGGCACGGGCAGGGCGAGUGUUCGAUUCUGAAAUUAAAAGAGUGCAGGUGAAAAUACUCUGAAGUAGAUAGUUUCUAGUAGCUAAAGUUUGAUGACCUUGUUUCCAGCUUAAGUUCAAACCAAUCCUUCUGAGCCUGUACGGUGGAGACAGCGGGCGCGGGUUGGUGACAGCCCGCGCCGCCUCCGGUCCAAAGUAACAUUGCUGUGCUGUUUUAAGUUUUUGCUCCAUGUACCUGAUCCUCAUUUUGUACAUAUAGACACGGCUGUAUGUAGCUCAUGUGGCACGGUGUAUAUAGCAAGUAUCUCUCGUGUAGGCAGUAAAGCAGUAGAUGUGUGUGUAUAUAUAUAAUAUAUAUUUUAAGUGUAAAAAUGACCUUUGAAAGUUAGAAGUAACUGCUGUAUACACUUUCACAUGUGCAUGUAUCUCCUAGGAGUUUGGUUGGGUGGAUAUAACGCGGUAUGGCUUAUAUUUGGUCGAGGAUACACAUGUGAGCAGUCUGGAGCCACAAGACAGCGAGCACCGCGAGGAAGUAAUAAUGAAAUGAUACCAGGAAAAAUAAAUACUAAUAAGAUUACAUAUGAUACGAAAUG